AUGGAACCGUCGAAGGAAGCGAUUGCAGUUCGCAUCACACGACUAAAUCGUCAGAUAAUAGGAAAAGUUACUAGUGGUUUAAAUAAAUUGAACAAAAAGAUAGACCGUGAAACUUUGUUAGAUGCUCUAACAGUAUUGUACGAUGAGUGCAAUGAUGAUCCAGUUAAGAAAUGUGAUGAACUCGUACGAGCCUUUGUGGAUAAAUAUCGCAGUACAUUGGCGGAGUUACGUUGCGCCCGCGUUUGUUAUUCUGAUUUUGAAAUACUGCAAACUAUUGGAAGGGGUCAUUUUGGUGAAGUUCAUAUGGUACGAGAGAAAGAAACCAGUGAUGUGUAUGCAUUGAAAACAAUGCGUAAAGAGCAAGCUCGGAAGCGAGUGGCAAGUGGAGCAGAAGACGAAAGGAAUGUGUUAGCUAAUGCCAAUGGACCCUGGAUACCAAAACUGCAAUAUGCAUUUCAGGACAGUAGUAAUCUCUAUCUAGUCAUGGAGCUUUGCAAUGGUGGUGAUUUAGCAGGUUUGAUGGCGCGGCGCAACCACCCCCUGUCAGAGCACGAUGCCGCUUUUUAUGUAGCUGAAGUAGCACAUGCUCUAAAAACGGUCCAUGCUAUGGGUUACGUGCAUCGAGACGUCAAACCUCAAAAUAUUUUUAUUGAUAGAUGCGGACACGUGAAACUCGGUGAUUUCGGUUCGUGCGCUCGUCUAUCUGAAGGCGGGGCGUCGGGCAUCGCGGUGGGAACUCCCGACUACGUGGCGCCGGAGCUGCUAGCCGCCGCCGACUGCCCUCACACCGUCUGUCUCGACUACUGCCGCGGCGUACAGACCGCUAUUUCCGCCUGUGACUACUGGUCUCUCGGCGUGGUGGCGUUUGAACUUGUGACACUGAAAAGGCCAUUUUCGUCCAGCGACGACGAUUCUCUGGCACAGAUCUUAGCCAACAUUCAGAGAUAUGAGCGCGAAACUGACGCUGAGCCUCCGUUCGAGCCCCUGCCCCAGGGUCCGUCGCCUGUGUGGCGCACGCUGGUGGGUGGGCUGCUUCGGGUGGCGCCGGCGCGCCGCUUCAGCUACCUGGACACGCUGCAGCAGCCCGCGCUGGCGCACCUCCGCUUGCACUCCAUCCGCGAUCAGGCUCCGCCAUGGGUUCCUCACCUUCGCGGGCCAGAAGACGCGUCGUACUUUUCACCGCCGUCGCGGGGCACGCCACCCCCCUCCGCGACACCGUUCCGCACGCGACUACCAUUUGCAGGACAGCUGCCUUUUGUUGGAUAUUCCUUCGUAGCUCCAGAUGAAAAUGAGGAUAGUAGUGGUGGUUUCAAUGCGUCGCAUGAUUGCACGGCCAUUAACCUAGCUACUUUUAAGUCGGCGGAGAAGCUGGCGGCGAUGCGCGCGCGCGAGGUGGCGUCGCUGCAGAGCAAGCUGGCCGAGGCAGAGGCGGCGGCCGAGGCGGCGGCGGCCGCGGCGGCCGAGCGCGCGCGCCGCGAUGCCGACGCGGAAGCCGAGCGCCAGCGCGUGCGCCUGCAGGCCGACAUCACCGCACUCACUCUGCAGAACAAACGCCUGGAACGACAAGUGGAGGUGGAGAAAGAGGAGCGCAUGGCCUUGCAACGCGCUAACCAGGAACUAUCUUCUGGUAUCGCUGAGCGAGGCAAUGCGGAACUUCGCGCUAAGCAAGCUCAUGUGUCGGAACUACAGACAGAAAGGGAAUCGUUGAAGGAUGAAAUCAAUAGGUUGGAGUCGCGACUUUCUGAGCUUCAAGCUGAAAAUGCAAGAGCCAAUGCCGCCGCUGAUAAUGCGCGCGCUCAACAGAAACAUUAUAAGGAUACGAUAGCGAAGGAGCGCGCGCUCCGUCGGCAAACGCUGAGCGGGGGCGAGGCGGAGGGUGCGCGGCUGGCCAGCGCCGAGGCAGCGGCGGCGCGCGAGGCACGGUUGCGCGCGAACGCCGAAGCGCGCCUAGCCGCCGCCGACGGCGAAACCGACGCGCUGCGCGCCGACCUGGAUGACGCCCGCGCCCAGCUGGCACAAGCACAGGAAGCCCUUAACGAAAAGCGGCGCGUGUCGGAGGCUGCGACUCAACAGUUAAACGAAGUACAAUUGCAACUGACGCAGGAGCGUAUGAAAACAAAGUCUCUGCUUGCCCAAGUUCAGGAGCUAGAGCGUGGCGUGGAAGAAGCGGCGCGUCGCGAGGCGGCACUGGAGGAGCAGUGCGCGCGCACCGAGGCGCGGCUGCGCGAACGCCUGGACGAAGCUGAGGCGCGCGCCGCGGCCGCGCUGCACCACGACUCGCACCUCAGGGAAAAGGUUAAUAGCCUGGAGCAGUUAGUCCGUCAACUGGAACGCGAAGUGAGCGCAUUAGAAAAACGUACGUGUGUGGGGUGCUUAGCGCGCGCAGAAGCGAAUCCGGACGCGGAAGCGGACGGCGCGCGCGCCGGCGCCGCCAGCGACACCGAGAGCGCGCUCGACGCGCGCGCGCAGGCGCAGCUCAGCUUGUUGAAGGAGCAGCUGGAGCGCGCCGAGGCUCAACUGCAGGCUCGAGCCGAAGAAAUUGCAACAUUGCGUCAAGAAACUCGCGCAGCUAAUUUAGCGAAAUGGCGUAAGGAGCGUGAAUAUAAUGAGUUAUCUAUGGAUGCAAAAGCAACGGCUCGGGAGUUGAAACGUGCUGAAGAGCGUCUCUCGGCAGUGUUAGAGGCUCGCAAGGCAGCUGAACAGAAAGUCUCUGCAUUGCAAGCAGAGAUUAGUUCACUGCGCCCGGAACACCAGCAGGCGAAUGCAGAACUCCUCACCUUGAGGGAUAAACUGGCGAAGCUGCAGAAAGACAAUGAGGCUCUGCAGAAUGAAGUAGACAGGUCGCGUAACGAUAUACGCAAGUUAAAGAGCGAGUUACAAUACAGCGAGAAGCGCCGGCUUCACGCCGAAGAACAGGAGGAACUGUCGAGCCGUGAACGCGCGCAACUCCGCGACGAGCUCACUACUCUCCGGGUACAAAACAAUGACCUAGUGAUGAAUAAUAAGGCUUUACAAGAAGCUUGCAGUUUAUUAGAAGACCAGCUGACAGAAUUAGAGAAAAUAACAGACCUGCAUGAAAUUAAAAACAAGGAUCUCGAGAGCGAGACGCAGCGCAUGCGCAGUGAGUUGGAGUCGUGCCGCGCGCGGCUGGCGGAGGCGGAGCGCAUGGGCGCUGAACGCAACGCGGCGGCCGGGCUCGCGGCGCAGCGCGGCGACGAGGCACGCGAGCAGGCGCGCGCCGCGCACGCACAGUUGCAGCUGCUGCGCGAGCGUCUGGAGAACCGCGAGGCGCGCGUGGCGGAACUGGAGGCGCGCGUGGCGCAGCUGGAGGGCGAGAGCGCUGGCUCGGCGGCAGCGCUGGCGAGUGCGGCGCGCCGUCUGCGUGACCUGCAGGAGGAGUGCGCUGCGCUGCGCACGCGCGCGCACCACCACCACGCGCAAGCGCUGCAGCUGCAGGCCGCGCUCGCAGACGCACAGGAGGAGGCGGCGGCGGCGCGCGAGGCGGGCGAGGCGGCGGCGGCGUGGUGGCGCACGCGCGACACCAAGGCCGACGCCACCAUCCGCCAGCAGGCCAAGCUCAUCGACUUCCUGCAGGCUAAAGUGGAAGAAGCGAAUCGCAAGAAAUGCUCACUUAGUAAUAAAUUGUUCGGACGUUCAGGACGUCGUGCCGCCGCGUCGCCGCCGUUGCUGCGAGUAAAUAGGGAACUCCGUGAAGAAGUUGAGCGUUUACGAUCCAAGCUCGCAGCUAAUGACAUCCCGCCUACUCCAAGACGUGAGAAACCGGUUGAUAGACCUAAGAAAAUAAUUAAUGGAAUAAAUACGGAUCUAUCAGACGAGAAGAGCGAGUCUUCGCUGCUUAUUGUUUGGUCGGACGGUAGCCGCGAGCGGCUGGGCGCGCGCUGCGAGGACGCGACGCUGGUGCUGUCGCGCGGGGACUCACAACUGCGCGCGCGCCUGCUCUCGCCCGACGCCAGCAACUUGCCGCACAACGAGGCUAACCGGGCCUUCAUGGUAAAAGUGGAGGGGUGCAGCUCGCCUCGCGCGGAGGCGACGGUGGUGUGUGCGGGCAUCGCGGAGCGUGGCGCCUGGCUGCAGCGCCUGCGUGCGCGCUCCCCGCCCGUGGCGCUCGCCGAACGCGCGCGCCAGCCGCCGCCGCUGUGCGUCACGCGCACGCCCGCUCUCGCCGCGCUGCACGUGGCGCCGCACGUGCUUGCACUAGGGUGCUCCGACGGCCUAUACUCUCUCCGCGGUCCAGUACGAAUCGAGUGGGACAGUGACGUGUCUCCGCCAAGAACCGAAGUGAACUGUGUGCAAAGCAUAGUGUCGACGAACGGACGAGCGCUGUUUGUAUGCAGUGGUAUAUUGGCUCAUGGUGGCCUGUUAGCGCUGGGUUCUGCUCUGCGACGCUCCGCAAACCUCAAGCCCACCGUCAGCCUCAGUAGAGUACAGUUGCCUGAAGUCUCCGCCCCAUGUCUAGUCAAGGUACUUUCUGAAGAAGCUACUGAAGGCCCAUGUGCUGUAGUCGCCUGUGGUCGGCGCGUUUUUAUUUUACGCUUCGACGCAGUUAGCACUGAAUUCAAGAUAGCGCGCUCGCUCACAAUUGACAGACCACCAAGUUCACUACUGCUCACGACUAAAUGCUUGUUCCUCGCCGGGGAGAAGCCUCUUAAAGUGAAAUUGCCCUCCGGCGCAUUGGAAACCUUCGCAGUGGACGAACCGACCGUCGCUGCUGCCUUAAAAAGUCACUCUUCACCUAAAGCAAUCAUCCUUGUAAAAAACGAGCCCAUUGAGCUCCUCAUUUGUUUCGCGGAAUGUGGCGUGUUCGUGGAUGAAAACGGUAGGCGUACACGUAACGAAGACCCUAAAUGGAGUUCGGCAGUACACGGUUGGGAGUUUGUGGCCCCCUUUCUUUAUGCUGUAGGAACAGACAGAGUUACCAUAAUAUACCUCAACGAAGAAGCAUACAGAGCCCCGCCGUGUACCUGUGAAACGUCAUCCACAACGUCCACUGCCUCUGAAUGUUACGUGCCAGAAGUGUUCAAUUACAAAGUGAAUGAACCUGCCUUACUUGGAACAGCACCUAAUGGAAUAAUUAUAAGAUCGAAGAGUGACGACGGUUAUUCAGUUUCAAUAGUAGACGGUCUCGCAGCAUUUCGAAGCAUAGGCGCCUCGGUUGAAUCACUAGAAACAACUUCAGAGUCAAAAGGCUCUUCCACUGACUUGACGCUCUCAUGCACUGACUUGUCACAACACGAACUGUCCAAUGAAAGUGUGGAGGUGAAUACAGGGUUUCUUGCCGAUAUAAGGAAAAGAGCGAAACAGCUUCGCAAUGCAAAUCGUAAGGGACAGUCUUCUGAUGAUGUGAUCAAAGAAAUUCUUACUACAGAAGUUGGACUGAAGCGGGUCUCAUCUGGAAGGAAAUCUCCAGCAGUAACUUCAGAGUUCGAUUCCGAUUCUGAAGGAAAUUCCGAUGAGAAAGGAACUGGCUCUACAAAAGGCACAGCUGAUUUAUGUGCUGAAAUGUUUGCAAGGCAAGUGCGAUUCAAAUAG